CGCGCUUGUCCCUCUCUCCACCUCACCGCCUCUCCCUCACCACUCGCCGCCACACGCGCCACUCCCGCCGCGGGCUCGCCUCUCGCCUUUCGCUUCCCUCCGCCUCUCUCCGCGUCCACCAAGGGGGAUCCGCCACCCGCUCUACAAUCUUGUCCGUCAGAUCCCCCCGGAUCUCCCCGCGACUCCCUUCCGCCAUCACCUCAUCACCGCACCUCGUCUCCGCGCCGCCAUUGACUUCCGUCGUUCGUCGUUCGCCCUGCGACGACUCCGCCCCCUGAUCUUACUCACUUCCUCGUGUGGAUUAGGUCGCUCGCUCCCUAUCUCUCCACCUCUCGACCUCUCGUUCUCCCCUCAUGCCCACGUGGAGCUCGCUCCGUUGCGCGAUCUACAGAUGCGGCACGCGGGCCGCCAAGGGUAGCGGCAGCGGCGGCGCCGGCGGCAGCAACGGCGGUGCUGGAGCCCGCGGGAUUCGGGGCGCGGACUCGUGGCGGCGAUCAGCCCGCGAUGUCGUUGAGUGGUCGGGUGACACGUGGCGCCACACCGGUGGUCAACGGUGCUCGCGAGCCACCGGAUCGUUAAAGGACACGGGCAGGGCAGCAGAAGUACCGGCAAGUGCGGAGUGGGUUGCGGAGGGAACAGCGCAAGCGGUCAGCGGGUGGAGAAGAUUGACGUCGAUGCGGCUCUGUGAUGCGGCAUCUGAGGUGGCGAGACCUGGGCCGCACGCUGGGUGCGGUGCAGACAUGUGGGCGAAGCGUGGCAGUCGAGAAGCAGCGGCUGCGGCACAUUUGCUGCAUCUCACACCACCGCAGGACCCUUGCUGCCCGCCUCUACCGCGCUCUGCUGCCCUUGCGCCCUCCUCCCGCCUCCCCUCACUCCACCCCCACGCUCCCACCUCGCUCCUCUCCCCCUCCGCGCUUCCACACACAGCAUCACUCCUGCACCCCGCUUCCGCUCCCCUUCACUCCCCACUGUCCCCGCCAAGUGCAGCCCCAGCAUCCGCUAUAACCCCUGCCUCACUUCCCUAUCACCCGCGCUGGGCCGUUCCUUUCACGAGCGGCUCAGAUGGGAAGGAAGGGGGGAGGGUUGGGGCCGGCACGGAAGGUGCAGCAGCAGCUGGUGCAGCAGGUGGGGGGAGAGGCAAAGCGGCAGUUAGCAUGUCUAGGUUGGGGGAGGGCAAGGAGGCUGCUAGCAGUGCAGAAAAGACAGGGGAGGGAAGGGUAGACGCAGGGACGGCAGUCAUGGGGAAGGAGGGCCCAGGGGCGGCAGUGGGCGGGGGUGUGAAGGGUGGUGCGGGGGGUGCGGUGGCAGCAGCGGCAGGCGGGGAGGAGGCGUCGGACAUGGCGAUCCUGAGCUCGCUCGUGCAGUACCUGUGGCCCAAGGACAACCCCGACUACCGCCGCCGUGUCGCCGCUGCCCUCACGCUGCUCGUCUCCGCUAAGCUAUUGAACAUCCAGGUGCCCUUUCUCUUCAAGCACGCCAUCGACAGCCUGUCAGCAGCAGCAGGAGCCACAGGCGCCACUGCGGCAGCUGCAGCAGCGGCAGCGGCUUCGGACCCGCUGUUCUUCGCACUCUUCACCACGCCCUCCGCCAUGCUCCUUGGCUACGGCCUCGCCCGCGCUGGCGCCUCUGCCUGCAAUGAGCUGCGCAAUGCGGUGUUUGCGAACGUGGCGCAGGGCACGAUCCGCAAGGUGGCGAGGCAGGUGUUCCUGCACCUGCACGACAUGGACCUCUCCUUCCACCUCAGCCGGCAGACGGGAGCGCUGAACCGCACGAUAGACCGCGGCACGCGCGCCAUCAACUUCAUCCUCUCGUCCAUGCUCUUCAACGUCUUCCCCACCCUGCUCGAGAUCGGUCUUGUGUCAAGCAUCCUGGCGUACAAGUUUGGCCCGUCCUUCGCUGUUGUCACAGCAGCAACAGUCACCGCAUACACCGCCUUCACUCUUGGAAUCACCCAGUGGCGCACCAAGUUCCGCCAGCAGAUGAACAAGGCGGACAACGACAGCAGCUCGCGCGCCAUCGACUCACUCAUCAACUACGAGACGGUGAAGUAUUUCAACAACGAGGAGCACGAGGCCGCCAUGUACGAUAAGUUCCUCCAACGCUACGAGGGGGCGGCGCGCAAGACGCAGAGCAGUCUGUCGCUGCUCAACUUCGGGCAGAACGCCAUCUUCAGCGCGGCUCUGGCCUACACCAUGGUCAUGUGCGGGGAUGGCAUCGCCGCCGGCCACAUGACCAUUGGUGACCUCGUGAUGGUGAACGGGCUGCUGUUCCAGCUGUCGCUGCCGCUCAACUUCCUGGGCAGCGUGUACCGUGAGACCAGGCAGAGCCUCAUCGACAUGCACCACAUGUUCAACCUCCUGCAGUUGAAGCCCUCCGUUUCGGACUGCCCUGAUGCGCGCCCACUGGAGCUCAGGGACUCCAGCAUCACCCUCGAUAACGUCACAUUCGGGUACCAUGACGAGAAGCCCAUACUGAAUGGGGUGUCGCUGCAUGUGCCUGGAGGGAAGAGCCUUGCCAUCGUUGGGCCCAGUGGCAGUGGCAAGUCCACGGUGCUGCGUUUGCUUUACCGCUUCUUUGAUGUCGACUCCGGAACUAUCAAGGUGGACGGUCAGGAUAUCCGCAAGGUGACGAUCAACAGUCUGCGCAAGUCCAUUGGGGUCGUGCCUCAAGACACGGUGCUGUUCAACGACAGCAUCAUGUACAACAUCCGCUAUGGCCGCCCAUCUGCCACGGAUGAAGAGGUGUACGAGGCGGCACGGCAGGCGGCGAUCCACGAGCAGAUUCUGGAGUUUCCCAAGGGAUACAACACGGUGGUGGGGGAGAGGGGACUCAAGAUAAGUGGAGGCGAGAAGCAGCGAGUGGCACUGGCAAGAACGUUCCUCAAGGGCGCUCCCAUCCUUCUAUGUGACGAGGCCACGAGUGCGCUGGACAGUGUGACGGAGGGUGCCAUCCUUUCCGCCCUGCAGAGCCUCGCACGCAACCGCACCUCCAUCUUUGUGGCUCACCGCCUCACCACCGCCAUGCAGUGCGAUGAGAUUGUGGUGCUGGACGAGGGGCGCAUUGUGGAACGUGGCAACCACGCGUCGCUGCUGGCCCUCAACGCCACGUACGCCGACAUGUGGCGCCAGCAGAACCGGCCGCACGGGGAGGAGGGCGAGGGGGGCGACGAGGGAGAGGCAGGUGGAGUGAGUGAUGCAGGGGGACACGGGGAGGGGCGGCUGCUGGAUGGCCAAGGGAAGGUGGUGGCAGGGGGAAAGGGGCAGGGGCAGGGGCAAGGUGGGGAGCAUGGGGAUCGGCUGGCAGUGGUGCUGGCAGGGGAUGAUGAUGGGGUGGCGCAUGGCAAGGCGGACAAGGUGGGCAACGCGGCUGCUGUCAGUGGGGAUGGCCAGGCCCGGGCGAUAGGCCAUGGCGCUGCUGCUAGGGCAUCGUAGGGCUUGGAUUAGACAGAGGGGGAUGCUGCUGGCAGGUGUGUGCAUGUAGCGAAGCAGCGUAGUGCAGUGCGGUGUGGCAGCAGGGAUUCACCAAGUGUGCUUGAGCUGCUUGGGCAUCAGUAGUCCUCGCUUUGUGAGUGAUUGUUGCCCUGUAGGUUGUACAAUCGUGGCGGAAUGUGUAGCCUGCCUAAUGCUAAGGGUAAGCUAGGCGUGGUUUCGAGUAUUAAAACGGUAUUGUGAAAGCUUGCUUAGGUCCUCUUGAAAGGCAGCGUGCUUCAUUUGAGAAACUCAAAUAAAUU